GUUUUGGUUUGACUGCUCGCUCUGUGUCUUUUCGUCGAACGCCUCCUCUCCAAUUUUCCCGACGGCUCCAACCCCUGCCGAAGCUUCGCCUGGACCGGUGUUCCUUCAUACAUCCUUUCCGCUCGUCUCACCAACCUCGCCUACAUGGCCAAUAUAUCAAACCAUCCGGUCAAGGUUACGAUCCUAUCUCACAAAAUCAAACCUAAAAUUUUCUUCUCCCCGCCGUGACCCGGUGCAAGACCGCCUUUGUCUACAUCAUCCGGUGAACAAGAGGGAUGGUCGCCGGUCCUCUUUAUCGAUCAAGGAAUCCGCCGGCCUAUCGUUUCGGACAACUCCACCAGUUCAAGGGCAUUACGGUCAUUUGGAACUUAAACGUACACGGCAGCGUGGAUGCCACUCGCGUUUUCCCUUUUUUUUGCUCCGUGUCGUCAAGCAAUUAGUUAACGGUGGGAAAGAAGAGAGGCUUGCUUCCUGGAGAAGCCUUACCUUUUCCUUGUCAUUUCUUCGUUGCCGACUCGCCAUUUUUGUGGCUCUGCACUCAAUCCCUAGCCAGUAAGCACCAAGAGAAAGGAGAGAAUAUGGGAGGAGACAGGAAGAUCGGGGUGGCUCUGGACUUCUCCAAGAGCAGCAAGAGGGCGCUGGAAUGGGCCAUCAAUAACCUCCUCGACAAGGGCGACAUGCUCAUCGUCCUCCACGUCAUGUACCCCAAGAAAGACGAGUCCAAGCACGGCCUCUGGGCCAAAUCCGGUUCCUCUCUGAUUCCUCUGACGGAGUUCAGGCAGCCGGAGGUGAUGAAGCACUACGAUCUGGAAGUCGACAUCGAGGUCCUCGACAUGCUCGACACUGCUUCCAGACAGAAGGAGGCAACGAUCGUGGCGAAGUUGUACUGGGGAGAUGCGAGGGAGAAGCUGUGCGAAGCCGUAGAAGAUCUGAAGCUGGACUCGCUGGUGAUGGGCAGUAGAGGUCUUAGCCAGAUCCAGAGGAUUCUGUUGGGCAGUGUAACAAACUAUAUGUUAUCAAAUGCAGCAUGCCCUGUGACCGUUGUCAAGGAUUCAAACCCCAAACCUUGAUAUAUAUUCUGCUUGGAAAAACUUGAGUACAAGAAAUUCGAGUGAAUGAUCUUCUAUUGCUAGGAAACUGGAAUUUAGUAAUGCUUAUGGACUUGGGAUAAUGUGUAAAUGUUAAAUGAACUUGGAGAACUUGAAGCAUAGAUUGCCUUUAAUUCACAUCAGCUUUCCAGCUUUGUGUAAGAACUAUGAUAAUAAAUUUUCAGGCAUCCUGUGUACAUCUUUUAUCUGCUCUACAUUAUUUUCAGCAGUCUGUCAGAUCUGGAAUAACUUCUGAUGUUUCAUUUGUUUAA